AAUUAAAACAAAUAGAAUUGAUGAAACUUUAAGAAUUAUUAUGUGACUGGUCUCCUACAGUUAAAUGCCUUGUUGCAUUCGAUGGCGGUUGAUGGCAAUGCCGUAUAGUGUCGCAUGUGAUCGUGCAUUGCAUGAGUGCGCUACGUUUCACCGAUAUCUCUUUGAAACCAUGAGCAUUUCCGUGAUAUGAGAGUGAUUCAGUGUCGACGCAUCUCUGCCUGAGAAGUCAUCGUGGGGUGAAAGCAUGAUGGUCGCGCGUGAAAGGACGUACGAACAGCAAAAGCAACGGUACUGAGGUGGUAUUAAAUAGCCUUUUAAAAUGGCUACAAAAACAGAUGAUGCAGCAUCCGUUGACAAUCCAAAUGAUGGAGAAAGCAUGGAUAAAGAAAUAUUAACUCUUGCCAAUAAUGAUGAAAGGAAUCACCGUAUCCCACCAACGUAUAUGUAUAAUACAAGAUCUGAACAAAGUACUGGUACCUUGGAUCAAGAACAAGGUGGUAUUAACCGUAAUCAAGCUACAGAAGAUCAACUUGGACCUUUGCCACCAAAUUGGGAAAAGGCUUUUACGGAUACUGGAGAAGUAUAUUUUAUAGAUCAUAAUACAGGAACAUCUCAUUGGUUGGAUCCACGAUUAUCAAAAUUUCAAAAAAGAUCUUUAGAAGAGUGCCUAGAUGAUGAAUUACCCUAUGGAUGGGAAAAGAUAGACGAUACCCUCUAUGGGACAUAUUUUAUUGAUCAUGUAAAUCGUAGGACACAAUACGAAAAUCCGGUUUUGCAAGCAAAGCGAGCGCAACAGAAUUUAAUUGAUAGGAAAAGUCCAAAUUUUACGAGAAAUCCAGAUAAAUUAAAGGGUCAAAGAAUAAGAACUACUUUAAUAAAAAGUGCAAGAGGGUUAGGUUUUACUAUUGUUGGUGGAGAUGAUACUGUAGAAGAAUUUCUUCAAAUAAAAAGUGUUGUUCCAAAUGGUCCAGCAUGGUUGGAUGGAAAACUUCAAACUGGUGAUGUAUUGGUAUAUGUAAAUAAUACAUGCGUGUUGGGAUUCACUCAUAAUGAAAUGGUAAAUGUAUUUAAAUCAAUUGGAAGUGGUGAAACUGUUACAUUAGAAGUAUGUAGGGGUUAUCCACUACCAUUUGAUCCGAAUGAUCCAAAUACUGAAGUUGUUACUACAAUAGCAGUUAAUCCACCAGAUGUUUUGACCGAAGAGCCAGGCAUGUACAUGGAUUUAGGACCUCCUUUACAAUCAAAUUCACGUUUCAAUUUUCUAGAUUCUACAUUUUUGCCAGUACAUAAUUUGCAAAAUGGUGAAAAUCUUGCUACAACGUCUGUGAAUUCUAUGCCUGACCUUUGCAUUUCAGACAAAAUAAACACAAUUAAGAGACCAAGCAGUACAGAUAUUCUUUUAUCAGAAAAUAGUGAAAUUAAUGAAUGUAAAGACUCUCCUGUGUCUUCCAAAUCAGAAUUUCUGAGUAUUGCUAUAGUAAAAGGAACAAUGGGAUUUGGAUUUACUAUAGCAGAUUCUGCACAUGGUCAAAAAGUUAAAAAGAUAUUAGAUCGUCAACGUUGUAAGAAUUUAAUAGAAGGUGAUAUAUUGGUUAGCAUAAACGAUAUCAAUGUAAGAAAUAUGUGUCACUCAGAGGUUGUCCAAGUAUUAAAGGAUUGUCCACGUAACGAAGAAGCGCUUGUGCACGUUCAAAGGACCACAAUGAAAUCUAAAGAAAAUAAGGAAAAAAACACUCCAGAUUUUUUCAGAAGUAAGACUCCUACUGCAGAUAUUUAUAGUACUCAAUCUAAAACAGUAAUACCUAGCAGACCAAAAACGCCAUUAAUAGAUACAAGAAGUCAUCCUAAAUCUCCUACAGCAGCAAAUAGACCAAACUGGAAUGAAGUACAAAGUGAAAAUGAAUUGAAUCCACUUGAUACUCGAUAUAAAUAUUCUGAAUAUAGUCAUAGUAUGUAUUAUACUGAUCCAUAUAAAGCAAACAUUACGAACUUAACAGACAACUUUGCUACCAUGGCCAAUAUGGAUGAUGAAUUAUUAAGAAAUGUUACUAAGCAUGAUUGGGUGACAAAUGAUAAACUGAAUAUAAAUAAUGAUUUAUAUUCUAUUAACAUUUCGCAUCAUGAAAAUAUAUUAAAACAAAAUGGAAGUAUACAUUCCGAUUAUUAUAAAGAUUUGUAUGCCGUUCAAUCGCAUUCCCAAUAUAAUGAAACAGAUUAUAAUGUUUAUUCAAUUGGUCAAGAACAAAAUGUUGACACUGGCGAAAUAUGGGAUAAGCGAAAGGAAACUACUAGUUUUGAACAUGAACAACCACAUUCCAGUUCUAUAGCACGGUAUCCACAGUACAGUAAUGAAUUGGUUUGUCCAAUUGUACCUGAUAUAGAAUGGAUUGAGACACUUGUGACAUUAGUCAGACAAGAUACAGGGUUUGGAUUUAGAAUAGUAGGUGGUACAGAAGAAGGAUCUCAGCAGGUUUCUGUUGGUCAUAUUGUACCUGGUGGUGCAGCAGAUCUUGAUAACAGAUUAAAUACCGGUGAUUUGAUUAUGUCCGUUGAUGGAGAAAGUGUAAUGAAUUCUUCACACCAUCAUGUAGUACAAUUAAUGAUAGCUGCAGCUCAAAAUGGUCGAGUUACUUUGGGAAUACGUCGCCGUAUUAAUACUCAAGAACAUUUACAAGAUAAUCUCCAAGCUUCAAAUGAUAUAAUAAUUCAUAGUAGACAAAUGAAUCUUCAAUAUCCUUAUGACGUGACAGUUACUAGAAUGGAAAAUGAAGGAUUUGGUUUUGUAAUUAUAUCGUCAGUCAAUAAAGCUGGUUCUACAAUUGGUAGAAUAAUUGAGGGAUCUCCAGCGGAACGAUGUGGUCGACUAAAUGUUGGAGAUCAUAUAUUAGCCGUUAAUCACGUUGAUAUAACAAAUGUAUGUCAUAAAGAUAUCGUGAAUUUAAUCAAAGAUUCUGGAUAUUCUGUAACGUUAACCAUUGGUUAUCCUCUUGAUGAUUGUUGUAGCAGUACAUCAUUAUCUCAAAAGGAUGAACCAACAGGAGAAGGAGAUGGAGGCCAGUAUCAUGCUGUUGAAUUAACGCGUGGAACUCGAGGCUUUGGAUUUAGUAUACGUGGUGGACGGGAAUUUCAGAAUAUGCCAUUGUUUGUACUGCAAAUUGCUGAAAAUGGACCUGCAUCUAUCGAUAAUCGAUUGAGGGUUGGGGAUCAAAUAAUCGAAAUAAAUGGUAUCAAUACUAAAAAUAUGACACACACAGAAGCAAUAGAAAUCAUUCGCAAUGGUGGUCCUUCAGUUCGUCUAUUAGUACGACGUGGCUGCCAAAUGCCAUCAGUGGUAGGUGCUCCUCCACAUCUCUACGAUAUGAACAUUUGAGAUUAACCAUUUCAAUAAUAACAUAUUAAUCAUAAAUUAACGAAACAUCUUUUAUGAUGAUGCUAAUGCUAAUUUUGCCUUUGUAUAACUUCUGAUGACUUGGAAUCAAGCUUCAGGGUAUAACAUUAGGUAAUGUGUUAAGUAGAUAAGACAGGCAAUAGACAAUACAAAAAAUAAGAAGAAAUUCCAAAAAAAAAAAAAAAAAAAAAAAAAGAAAAGAUGAAACAUAUCUUCUGGCACUCCGUAGAUCAAAUGUAAACCAGGUAUAUACUUGGUUUUA